CUGGACGCUCAAGGCCGGGACCUGUAUCCUGCUCGUAAAACUGACCGAGUUGCCGAAGGGCGUAUACGAUCCGUUCGAAGAGGCGUGGGCAGAUGAGAAUCUGGGUGAAUUCACGGGGUUUGUGGUGUGUUAUGGUUGUGAGGUAUAGUGAGACGUCGGUCGGGAGUACUCGGAGUUGCCGCCUCCAAUGUAUCGUGUCUGAUUCCUAUGGGAGAUAUGUGAGCACUUGCUUUAGCAGAACUCCAUCGAACGGUCUCAGGCCCAUACGACCAGCUCAUGCUCAUCCCGAGCAAUUUCACUGUACUUCAACCACCAGCCGGCGGUCGUCUCAAGAUUUCCAAGAAAGCACUCCGAUUGAGUCGUAUCUUCGUCUCCCAACGCACCACAGUAUAUAAUGGCCGUUUGAACUGGAACAUCCCAAAGUACCUCGCUCGUUUCUCCUUCUCCACGCUCCCAACACCUAAAGGCAACGUACCCCCGCACAACUCACCGUCAAUGUAUUCCCACCAGGCACCACGAACGACGACGGUAUAUACCCUUUCUUUGCUUGUACCCUCACUCCCUGGAAAUGGAUGCCUGCUCUCCCUCUGAACACAGCCUGGGUACCCAUGGACAUGACACGGGUUCAACCACCUAUCCCCGAGCUCGCUGGUCGUAAGGAAGCUGUGAGGGUGGAGGUCGAGGGCCCGCAGAUUGAAUCGUGUCACUGAUUCGAAAAUGAGCUUGCGUCGUGUGCGAAUACGGAUCGCUGGCGUGCGUACGAUCUGACGGCGAAGGUUCCGAGUGCGAGGGGGCGUUAGGUCAAGGUUGAGAAGACGGGCGAUGAAAGAGAAGGGAGUGACCGGUAUUUUCUGCAGCCGUGGAGGUUCGGGGGGUGGAUGGAGGACGCGGUUCCGGGGAACACAUCGCUGGUGGAGUAGCAGUUGUAGGUAUUCGCGUAGGUAUCGUUCUUUUUGUGUUGGCAUGUCUGUUCCUUUUCAACACGUCCAUCUGUUUGUCAGUUUUGUUACUCCAUCGGUCGUCGUGUUUCCUGUCAGCUUUCCCUCUUGUCUUCUGGCCAGGAGAAUA